UCGAACGAAGUUAGGUUAGGCUAUUGUCUUUAAGUCAAUCGUAAAAUAAUCCAUUCUGAUUAUCAAGCUGUAAUUAUGGCUGUAUCUGCUUUUAUCCGUUGUUCAUACUUUCGACGUUUAGUCGGUAUAAGCAACAACGCUGUUAUUUUAUUUUUGGAUUCCGCGUGGUAUUCAAAUUAUAUUAAAUCACAAUCUUAUACAACAUCUAUCAGUGAAAUUAAAAGAACAGUUAAAACUAAUAUGAAGAAACCUGAGAAAAAGAUAAGCAAAGCUAUGUUGAUGUAUUUACAACGUGCAAAAGAACAUGAUGAAUUCAUGAGAAAAGAGAUCUUAGAAUAUGAGAUAGGGAAAAGACAUCUGGCUAACAUGAUGGGCGAAGAUCCAGAAUGUUUUACACAAGCAGAUAUAGAUAGUUCAAUCCAAUAUCUAUUUCCAUCGGGACUCUUUGAUCCUAAAGCUCGGCCAAUAAUGGAACAUCCAGAAAAGAUUUUUCCAAGCAGGAAAGCAGCAGAAUUUGAUGAAAGCGGAAGACCUUUCCAUUCUAUGUUUUAUACCUCAAAACCAAAUUAUUAUGAGUUAUUAUAUAAUAUUGUUGAUAAUAUCAAAUCAUUGAAUGAUAUUGAAGAUUCUUUAAUAAAGCAAGAAACAUUGCCUAUGGACAAAGUCGAUCUAGGUUCUUCGUGGUUGUCAAAGAAUGAAAUUGAAAAACAACUACUUGAAAAUAUUAAUGAUUUUGAGUAUAACUAUCUUAUUACAUCAUUAGAACAAUUAUGCGAUCAUCCACUAUCAAGAUGCGUAACAGAUUUCAUUUUAAAAUAUCGAAAAACUCUUAAUGCCUAUUCUAAGGACAUAAUAGUACUACCUUUGGAACAUGACAGCUCAGGAAGACCAUAUGUCACAGUUAAAAAUUGCAUGAGGAAGUCUGCAAGAGGUGAAGUAACAAUUUGGGGUAAUGGUUCUGGAAAGAUUGUCAUUAAUGGACGCGACAUCACAUAUUUCGAAGAUAUACAGCAUCGCGAACAGCGGCACCAACGUCCAUUUUCGAGCUGCGGGAACCACGUAUGUACCACGUUCAUCUCGAGAGGGAGCGAGGCAGCGAUCGUAGCGUCUACCUACCAUGCGUCUACAUGUUAGUAGAAAGACAGUGGAAAUA